UGGUGCCCUUCGUCGAGUACUGCGUGAGCCAUGCGUCCGUGCUCACCAUCCUCGUCAUCAGCUUCGAGCGCUACUACGCCAUCUGCCGGCCGCUGAGAGCCUCGUACACGUGCACCAAGAUGAGGGCGUGUACCUGCAUCCUCUCCAUCUGGGCCGCCGCCGUGCUGCUCUCCAGUCCCAUGCUGGUGAUGAGCAAGUACCUCUUCGUGCCCUACGCGGACGGUACGAUGGUGCACGGCUGCUUCACGGAGCUCACCUCCUUUUGGUCGUGCCUCUACAUCAAUGGAGUGACCACUGUGUUCUUCUUCGUGCCGCUCGUGCUGCUCGUGCUCCUCUACUUGGUGAUCGGCCGGAGCCUCAUGCGGGACUCGGCCUCGGCGGCGCUCCAGCAUCGCAAGAUUGACCUGCCCAACAUGAAAGCGCGCAAACAGGUGGUGGUGAUGCUGGCCACCGUCACCAUCUUCUUCUUCGUGAGUCUGUUCCCCUUCCGCGUGUUCACCCUGUGGAUCGUGUGGACGCCGCAGGAGACCAUUGAGAUCAUCGGACCACUGCGCUACUUCAGCUUCCUGUACGGCACGCGGGUUCUCUUCUUCGCCAACUCCGCCGUCAACCCCAUCCUCUACAACCUCACCUCCACCAAGUUCCGCGAGGCCUUCCUCAAGCUGCUCGGGGAGGACAGAGGGCUCGCACGCCGCCACCUGAGCCGCCAGUCCACCUUCAACACCACCGGCACCUCCAUGUCCAACGGCCGAAGUGGUUCCUCGCGCACCAUCCCGACGGACUUGGUGACAAUCAAGGAGUGUCACCCCGCCCGUGUCGCCCUCGCAAGGUGUGGCCGCCAAAUCUCCACUGACGAUUUCUCGACGUCGCGACCUAGUAUCGCUCGCUAUGGCCGCCAGAGCAGCUUCGCGGGGAGUUACUGUUUCACCAACAGCAACAACAGCACCUCCAACAGCGCCUCAUGCAGCCGACAAAACAGCCGGAUGGGGGACCAUUGUGCUUACGGCGCUGAGGAAGUGGGAAAGAAACUAGUAGAGGGAGAGAAGAGGCAUUCAGGGGAGGGGCGUCGCCUGCUGGAGGCGGAGAAGUCCAACGCCUUCCCUGACGACAUGAUCGAGGAGGAAAGGAGCUCAGGAGCCACGGUAAGAGGAGACAGCAUUAGGAGGAGCCACGAGAAGAAAAUCGAGAGCGAAAUGGAGCAGUUACUGUCCGAAGCAGUUGCUGGCAUCCCGCAAGAGCCUGGCCACGCUUCGGGCACUUCCUUGUGCAGCAGCAGUUCGCCGGAGCAGCGCCCUCAGUGUCCUAAUAAUGAAAUUAAAGUAGGCGCUGAAACCCAACCCUCUGAGAAAAGCGCUCUGCCGCCUAAAGAAAACGAGGGUGCAGAUGUAAUCUCGACGGGAGAAAAUGGGAAAACUGUUCAGUUUAGUGACGAGUGACUGCGAAAUUUAUGUUAAGUGUGUGUGUGUGUGUGUGUGUGUGUGUGUGUGUGUGUCAGCAGCUAGGGCACCGUUGCUUCCAAGAGGCGGAAGAAAGGAGGUUGAGUCACGCAUUUGCAUGGGCUGACAAGGCGUUGAAAAAAUAAUAUUUACUUGUGUGUGUGUGUGUGUGUGUGUGUGUGUGUGUGUGUGUGUGUGUGUGUGUGUGUGUGUUCUCGAUUGACUCCAUAUGUAUACUGCUGUAGAUAAUUUCGGUAGAGACUUCUGCAGGGUAUUCAACACAUACACACACACACACACACGCACACACCUGCCAAAAUCCCGGCCCGGCAGCCAGCCACCUGCCCUAUAAAAGAGAAUGUUUUUACCUCAAGCUCGCACACCACACCCUCGCGGCGCCGCCCCCCGCCCCAUCGAUGCCUGACGCGGGAUGAGAGACGACCCGAGCCACAAACACACGACCCGAGUGCCACCUGUCUUUAGCCCUGACUCUAAAUGCCGAGACAGGUGCUGGUCGUAAGUUUUCCACCUGCAGUAAGAGGUGUUUUAAGAGAGAGAGAGAGAGAGAGAGAGAGAGAGAGAGAGAGAGAGAGAGAGAGAGAGAGAGAGAGAGGUGUGGGAGUGAAGAAAACCGUAAAUGUGGAAAGGACAGGGUGUAAAGAGCAGGGAUGGAUCGCACGUCACUACACGGGUGAUAUAAGUGAAGGCGGGGGUGGAAAAGACUCGCCAUUAAGAUGAACAAAAUAUGCGUUGAAUCAGGAGCUCAAGUCGGAGUGUUGUGAUGGAGUGGGAUAUGAUUUGAUUUGUCCUUAAUAAAGAAUAGAUGGGUGUUGAGAUAAAAAUCAACUUUGAGGUUACAUAGCGUUGCAUUUGUUAAUUAAAAGCAGUAAAAGAUGAAUUGGUUUGUGUUAAAAGUGGAAUUUUCAUGAACUAUAUAUUAGGUUAAUGGUAGUUCGGCUUAAAGUUUGAGAUGAUUUGCGUUUGAAUUGGGUUUCCUCUUUUAAUGAUUUAGAAAGCUUGUUCAUUAUGAGUGGGAUAGACUAUACUUGGCAUUAAAUGAAGUUUAAUUUUACGAACUCGAAUGAAAUGGAGUGACUUUAACCUAUUCUCUCUCUCUCUCUCUCUCUCUCUCUCUCUCUCUCUCUCUCUCUCUCUCUCUCUCUCUGCGUGUCUGCUGCAGGAGAACGCUUGACAACGACGACUAAAUGGAUCCUUGGUAAUAACACCACGAUAUUGUGCACUGUAAUUACCCUGUGUGUGUGUGUGUGUGUGUGUGUGUGUGUGUGUGUGUGUGUGUGUGUGUGUGUGUGUGUGUGUGUGUGUUUGCUCUGGUUGGUGCAUAAUGAUAUUUGUUUAUCUUGUCUGAAAACUUUUCUUUCUCGAAUACUGAAAUGUUUACCUUCCUCAUUUCUCCCUCCAUUUACACUUUCACUACCUCACAUCUGCCUCUCCCUCUCUACUCUGCCUCCCUUUAUUUCUAUAGUCAGGUGUAAAGUUCCACGUACCCCAAAACUCUGUGUGUGUGUGUGUGUGUGUGUGUGUGUGUGUGUGUGUGUGUGUGUGUGUGUGUGUCAAUAAAAUGAUAAUCUCCAGCAGCUUUAUAUAUGUAUUAUCUAUGUGUUUAAAAAAAAAAGAGAUCUUGUCGAUGUAUAGAAUUACAUAAAUACUGUAAACAUGAAGAUGGUUAUGUAACUCCCGUUUCAAUGGCAAUAUUUAUAGCAACACUUAUGUCGUCGUUUAACUGAAUAGGAAUGUUAACAGUGGCUCCCUCGGUGUCCAGGUAACAGGUGUCAUGUUACGUGUCUGUGUGGCCAGCGUGGCGUUGUGUGAAGGUAGGUAACACUGUGGAUCAUCCGUCAUCGUCUUAGCCGUACUGUACUGUGUGACUGGGUUAGGUCAUGUCAAGUAGCGGGGUAUGGUUGCUUCCUCUCCUUCCUCCUCCUCCUCCCCGCCUGUCCCCGCCCUCGAGUGCUUCUUCUGGGGGACGACUAUCAGCAAAAUUGUGACACGUUAUCAUAAUAAAAUAAAUGAUGAUGAUAUGGUUGUAAUUAGAAGAAGAAGAAGAAGAAGAAGAAGAAGAAGAAAACUAGUAGUAGUUAUAUCUCACAACUGACUUGAAAAAAUUAGUAAAUCACACGAAGGAAUGUCCCACUUCUUACAAUAACAACGACGACAAUUCACAACGCCCUACAAAAUACAAACAGCUAUCAUUCAAAUCAACAAGACCUCGAGAAGGAAACAUUUGCAGGCAUUGUAGCACACCUGAUCAUUUCUUUCACUAAAUAUAUCGUGGCACUCCUUCACCCAACCAACUGAACCCCCUCUCUGACUCCCCCACGCCCCCACCCACCCACUCCCUCCCUCAAUUCAUUCCCUUUCCUCCUACGCUCGGGCGGGAAAGGUGUGGGAGACUAUUAGUUUCGGAAGAGCAAGCAGAUGGCGUGAAGGAAGGGAGUGCUGCCCCUAUUUAGACUUCAUACUUUAUAUAAACCAUAAAUUAGCAAAGCCAAAGACACAAACAUCUGAAUUUGUAUUCCUAUUUUUGUAAGAAUCGGAUGAGAAGGUUGUUGUGUAUUAUGUAAGCUGCUGUCAAGUCCUAUUAAAAGAUACCUACGAGUG